GAAAGAAAGCCAAGCGUCUACAUAAUCGAACACUGUUCAUUCAAGUUCUGAAAGUCACGGAGUGCGGACGUGUUGUGAAAAUUCUCCGGAAUUUUUUUCAUUCAUAUUGAAAAUCAGAUUGCAAAACUAAAUAAAGUGUUUCAGUGUAUAAUAAAAGAAAAUAAAAGCCAGCGUCCCUAAGAUGGCGGACGAAGAACAAUUCUCGCUGUGUUGGAAUAAUUUCAAUUCCAACUUAUCAGCUGGAUUUCAUGAAUCCCUUUGCCGGGGAGAUUUAGUAGACGUAACAUUAGCUGCUGAAGGACAACUUGUUAAAGCGCAUCGGCUUGUACUGUCUGUAUGUUCACCAUAUUUCCGAAAAAUGUUCACUCAAAUGCCAGCAAAUCAACAUGCAUUCGUAUUCCUCAAAGACGUCAGUCACGCCGCCCUCAAAGAUUUAAUUCAAUUUAUGUAUUGUGGCGAAGUCAACGUGAAACAAGACGCAUUACCGACAUUUAUCAGUACAGCCGAAGCAUUACAAAUAAAAGGGCUCACCGAAACCGGUGAACCAGCAACGCCAGCCUCAUCACAAACGCCCGUGAAAGUGUCCACGCCAGCUCCCUCUGUUGCUAGCACAACAGCGACAACAUCACCGCGAUCACGAGUACAGCGCAAUAUCAGCCGUACAUCAUACAAAUUGGAAUCGGAAGACAGUAGCGAUGAUAAACCAGCGCCAGUAGUUGCACAAAAAAGACUUAUAUCACGCAGUAUUACGCCAGUUACUGCACCAGCCUUAAAACGAACCAAAAACAGUGACCCACUCGAAGCAUCGGAGCCUACAUCUCAGCAACAAAUUAUCACGACCAUUGAAACGAAAUCAAAUGCCGAAGAAACUGAAUUCAUUGACCUGCCCAUGGAAACAAUGCCAACCAAAUCGGAACCGGACUACGGCGACGAUACGGGCGAAGUGGAAGCGGUCGACCAGGAUACCACCUAUGUUGAAGACGACUCAGGCGACUACGGCGAUAUGAAAUAUGAUUCAAGCUACUUUACGGAAAAUGAUGAUGUCAAAGCAGGAGCUUCUGGAUUUGCUGAACCGUAUGCCGAAACUGGAGACCAAUCUGCGAAUGAAGCACAAGAAAAUACUUCCGAUGCCGCUGUAGAAGAAACAAUAGAAACGAUAGUGGAUCCAGAGACGGAAACCGAUACCGACAAUAAAUCUUCCGUUAUUUAUAUUAGUAGUUUAAAAGGUGGCUUUCAGUUAUGCCUAGACGGAUAUCCGUUUACAAGGCACCGGAAUCGGGACGAUACCACGUAUUGGCGAUGUGUACAGUUCAAGCCGUUGGGUUGCAAAGCCAGAGUACGUACCAAAGUUUACGGUAAAAGGUUAGAAAUAGUACAGCGUGAACAUAAUCACACAAUUCUAACGGAACGGCGUAAGAAAGGUGUACUAAAAGCGAUGAUGGCGGAAAAGAAAAGCAAAAUUGCUGAAAGUGAUAACAGUGAUAGUAGAAUUAACACGUAAUAUAGUCUGCAAUAAUAUUGGACAUUGGUAUGAUUAUAUGUCACAUCAUCAUCAUUUUCUAAAAGAGAUACUCUGUCCUUCGAUUAUAGUUAAAGUCAUACAAUUCUCAAUUACACGAAAAAUGGUUUGUCCGUUUCAACUGUAAAUGGAUCUGAAGCUGUGCGUGAUGAGAGAUCGUCGAGAUCCAAUGUAGUGUGUUUAAGUGCUGGUCGCCCAGGUUUUCGGUUGAUAAAUGAAAUAUGAAACGCCCUUGGUUGUUUAUAAAAAUUGUUGUAAAGGGGGAAUUUUUAGUGGAAAAAUUGCAAGAUAUUCAGUUCAAACGAAAUUUCAGUUCCGUUCAACGAUUUCGAAAAAGUUACCCUUUCAGCGGACGUUGAUGGUCAUCUGUCAUUGACAACGAUUACAAAGAUUUACUCAGAUCCAAAGAUGUCGUAGACUCGAUUUUUAACCGAUUGAGCUAGCUGACAUUCUUCAUACUGUAGUGUAGUAGUACAACUACUGCUAUUAGUGACAUGUCUGAUAUAUGUGAAAGGUUAAACAGCCAAACCAUGUAAACUCAAUUGAAUUCCAUUUAACUUUCCAUUUCCUUCGGUUCCGACAACAAAACAUACAUUUUUUGAAACCACUAAAUAGCAAAGUAUCUCCUUGUUAGUACAUAUGUAACAUUAAUCAGUGCAUGGAUAAAACGACAAAAACGUUAAAUUCCAUUAUUCUGACAACGAAUUACGCGAAUAAAUUUUAAUCAAACUUUGGAUGUGAUAUUCUGGUUGAAAAAACAUUUUUCUUAUAACUUUAUGUGGGCGACUGUUGCAUUUCACCGGGAAAAUUGAAUGUUCCACAAUGUGCAACACACAUACGCUUCAAUUUGGUUUCAAAAGAAUUUCUGUUAUUUCAUAAAACACUCUUUGAAACGGAAAAUAGCAGACAACCGUAAAACAAUAAACAAAUGUACGUCUCUAGUGUUUGCUCUUAACACUUUUGUCUUACGAUAUAAUGGUUAUUACCUCAUACACAUUGUAUAUAACUUUGUGACACAGUGAAUAAGCCAUUGAACGAGUCAAUAUUGAUAAGAAUCAUGGAUAGAAAUAAGUGAAAUGUACAGCGAAAUGUUUGCAAUCUUACAAGUUGGAGUGGUUUUGUUUCAAAUUGAAAUUUUAAUUUAUAAUUCAUCGACGAAACAUCAGCAUGUUGAUGAAUGCAACAUUAAACGGCUAUGCCAAAAGAAGCAGUUUAUUGUAAUGAAUAAAGAGAUUUUAAUUUA